AGAAGAUGCCACUGUGGGUAGGGGGCAGAGAUUCGGUCGUCUGCGCCUCGGAAGAUACCAUCAGCAGGGCCGUUCGGGGAUCUCUUCCCGGGGCCAGGAGGCAACAAACGGAGCACGGAACCCCACGUCCUGCACGCUACGCCUCAUCCCCCCACCACUUGCUUGUUCGCGCACGUCCCAUGUCACCGCACCAGUGCUGCGCCACAGCGACGCCCGCCAUGGCUGCCACCACAGGUACCGCUGGCCUCUCCUCCACUCCCCCGUUCCGCCUCCUCGGCUCCGGCGCCGGCCAGGGUCAGCUCCGUCUCCCACCUGCUUCCUGCCGUCGUCGCUUGCCACUCCGCUGCUCUGCCUCUGGCGGCGGCGGCGGCUCUGACCCGGUUCUUGAGGAACAGAAGCGGCGCCGGGCCCAGCUGUCCGCGCGCAUUGCGUCCGGCGAGUUCACCGUCCAAGGCCCUGAAUGGAUUGCUCCUAUCGUGGGGAGGCUGUCCAAGCUGGGGCCACCAGGGGAGCUCGCCACCGCGCUGCUCACGAGGUUGGCAGGUGCUGGGGCGGCGCGUAGGGGCCGGGAGAUUCCGCAGGCAGUGGGAUCGCUGGGUGCGGUCGCCGGGCAGGCGUUCUUCCUGCCGCUGUAUGACCUCUUCCUCACCUACGGCGGCAUCUUUCGCCUCAACUUUGGGCCUAAGUCUUUUCUUAUUGUCUCCGAUCCAGCUAUAGCUAAGCACAUCCUGAGGGACAACUCCAAAUCUUAUUCCAAGGGAAUUCUUGCGGAAAUAUUGGAAUUUGUGAUGGGUACUGGUUUGAUCCCAGCUGAUGGGGAGAUUUGGCGUGUUCGGAGGCGUGCAGUUGUACCAGCAUUGCAUCAGAAGUAUGUAACCGCAAUGAUAGGUCUCUUUGGAGAAGCUUCUGAUCGUCUCUGCAAGAAAUUGGACAAGGCAGCAUCAGAUGGGGAGGAUGUGGAGAUGGAAUCUUUGUUCUCUCGACUAACGCUAGAUGUUAUUGGGAAAGCAGUGUUCAAUUAUGACUUUGAUUCAUUAUCUUACGAUAAUGGAAUAGUCGAGGCUGUGUACGUAACACUAAGGGAAGCAGAAAUGCGUAGCACUUCUCCUAUACCAACCUGGGAAAUACCCAUAUGGAAGGACAUUUCCCCUCGGCAGAAGAAGGUCAAUGAAGCUCUUGCACUGAUAAAUAAUACUCUCGAUGAACUAAUUGCUAUAUGCAAGAGACUGGUAGAGCAAGAAGAUCUUCAGUUUCAUGAGGAAUACAUGAAUGAGCAAGAUCCUAGUAUUCUUCACUUUCUUUUGGCGUCUGGAGAUGAUGUCUCCAGCAAGCAACUUCGUGAUGAUUUAAUGACGAUGCUCAUAGCUGGCCAUGAGACCUCUGCAGCAGUCUUGACAUGGACGUUUUACCUUCUAUCUAAGUAUCCAAAUGUAUUAGCCAAGCUCCAAGAUGAGGUUGAUAAUGUUCUCGGUGACCGUUUGCCAACAAUUGAAGAUGUGAAGAAACUGAAGUACACUACUCGCGUUAUUAAUGAAUCAUUGAGACUAUACCCACAGCCGCCAGUUUUAAUUCGCCGGUCACUUGAGGAUGAUAUGCUGGGAGAGUACCCGAUUGGCCGAGGAGAAGACAUUUUUAUUUCUGUCUGGAACCUUCACCGCUGCCCAAAGCAUUGGGAUGAUGCAGAUGUUUUCAACCCAGAAAGAUGGCCUUUGGACGGACCAAAUCCAAACGAGACAAACCAAAAUUUCAGUUACUUACCAUUUGGUGGCGGACCAAGGAAAUGUGUAGGUGACAUGUUUGCCACUUUUGAGACUGUGGUGGCGACAGCAAUGCUUGUCAAGCGAUUUGAUUUUCAGAUGGCUCCAGGAGCACCUCCGGUUGAGAUGACAACUGGAGCGACGAUUCACACAACUGAGGGGUUGAAAAUGACCGUUACUCGGAGGACAAGACCGCCAGUAAUUCCGAACCUGGAGAUGAAAGUUGUUUCUGAUUCACAAGAACCCACACAUUCUACUCCAUCAAUGGUUGUUUCUGCUGCUAGUGGUGCUUCAGGAGAAGAUCAAGGGGAAGUCUCCUGAUUUGUGCAGUUUCACGUUGCAAUGACAUACAGAAUGAACAGUACAACACAGAGCAGAAGUUUCCUGGCAUGCUUCUUUUACAAGGAAAAGCUCUCAAGUUCUCCUAGGCUUAUUUUUGCCGGUGCUACAGUGCACUCUUACAGAUUAUACAUCUGCUUGCUACUCAGAAGCACCGUGGACAUAUUUACAUAUACACAAGAAGUUCUGAGCAUGGACUGCUACACAUCUAAAUCUUCAGCAGGCCUUCCAACUCGCGCAGAACAUCAGCACGGGUAACUAUACCUGUUGAUAGUGUUUAGAACCCCAUUAAGCUUGCAACAUACUCUUAGUUACCAAUGUUAAGGAUAAUACAAACCAAGCAUAUACAUGCCUCUUACUUGUCACAAUUCUGAUACUCACCUAUUACUUGGUUAUCCUGAUUUACAAUUGGUAAUCUGUGGAUCUUCUUCUUGAGCA